ACUUGAAAUAGCGUGACAAUUUGGUUAAAUAUCGUUUAAUAAUGCCCGAAGAAAAUAAACCAAUAAAAGUUAAAAUUAUUAGCAUGGGAGAUGAAGACACGGGGAAGACCUGUCUGAUCAAACGGUUUUGUGAGAAACGUUUUGUUUCCAAGUACUUACCAACGAUCGGUAUAGACUAUGGUGUAUUCAGAACCAAGGUAGGAAACAAUGAGCUACGCGUUGAUAUAUUUGACAUGUCUGGAAAUCCUUCAUUUUACGAUAUUCGAAAUGAAUUCUAUAAAGAUACAAAUGGUGCUAUUUUGACUUUUGACGUAACAAACAGAAAAACUUUCGAAAAUCUGAUUCGGUGGGUUCAUGAAUUGCAUUUCGAAUCCGGUGAAGCUAAUUCGGUUUCAUCUCCAGUCAUAAUUCUUUGUGGUAACAAGACUUUAUUUGAAAGUAUUAUUAAUCCAGAAAUCUAUCAAUCUUAUAUACCAAAUCAUGUUCAUUUUCAUCAAAAUUCAAAUAAUCCUACAUAUCAAGAAAUGAAUUCUAUACUUCAUAAUUCAACAAUGAAUAUUCCAAAAUCUAAUUCAAAAUUGAAUCAUUCAUUUAAACAAUUCAAUAUGUCUUCUUCACCAUCAUCAACCGCUUCAUUUAAAACAAAUCAAAAUGAACCAUGUAAAAUGACAUAUCAAAAUCUUUUAGAAAUAAAUCGUAUUAAAAAUGCUAAAAAUAAUUAUGAACGAUUAGGGAUUAGUAUGACAGCUAGUAGCGAAGAAAUUCAAAAAGCAUUUCGUCGUUUAGCCUUUAUUGUACAUCCUGAUAAAAAUAAUACUCCAGGCAGUGAAGAAGCUUUCAAAAUAUUGGUAAAAGCAAAAGAUUCUUUACUUUCAUUAUCAAAUGGAUCCAGUUGGUUCAGUUCUAAAGUUUAAUUGUAGCGAAUGUUUUGUUUUCUUCAUAAUAAUUUGUUAUUAUUGACAUUUCAUAAACUGUGAUACUUCUUGUGAAUGACAUCCUUUCUAUGAAUUAUAUGUAGGUUUGAUUAUUUUGAUAUAAAAUAUUAACUACUUGUAAGUAGGACAAUUUAUUUUGCUAAAUAUUUUCACCAUGAUUUAUGUACUUAUUAUGAAUGAAGUCUAUUUGUACACUGAAUAUCAACA